UACAACGAUGGAUCUUCCUCGAUACAUCGACGAUUACAUCAAACAAUCCAUUGAUGAUUCGUUGGGGAUUCCUGUGUCUUCGCAAACCCUAGAGACCAAGCUUCGCGCCUCCCAAGAGUCACAAUGGCGCCUCCGCGAACAGUACCUUUCCCUACUCCCCAAAUUGAAGCAGAAAGACCAACUCAUCGAACGCCUCAAGUCUGAAUCGACUAUGAAUGCUCAAGCUUUGAAGAAGUUUGUUGAGGAAAAUCAGAGACUGGCGUUGGAGUGUGAGAAUCUGUUGGUCCAAUGCCAGAAAUGGGAAAAGGAAUGCGCGCUGUAUGAUCUUGACAGGGAAGCGUUGAUGGAAUUCGGAAACGACGCUGAAGAACGGGCACGGGAGGCUCAAUCACGCGUUCUCAUGUUGGAACGGGAUUUGCUUUUGUUGGAGAAUGAGUUGAAGAAAUACAAGCAUUACCACGAAUUGGUCGAUUCUUCCUCUGCAUGCACACAUGGGGAAAAGAAUUUACUUGACUCUCUUUUGGCAACUCUUACUAGCAAAGAUGAUGAUUCUACAUAUGCAUUUUUGGAAGUAAAUAGUGAAAAUGAGUCCUGUAAGAAGUUGCUUAGUAUGUGGAAUUGCUUAAAGCCAUCAACUCAGAGAGUUCUGUCAGUAGUUGCCAAAGUUACGUCACUUGAAAAAGAUAAGGAGCAUCUAAGAACUAACCUUCACAAAGCUGAGGAGGAGGUCAAAUUACUGUUUGAUGAAAAUAACAUACUGGAUGAGGAGAACAAAAGGUUGUUGAGGCAAUACAAGGAAAAUAACCAUCCUGGUUCUGCGGGGAAACAUACAAGCAGUGGAUCUGCCAAGUCAAACAAGAGAAAGUCUAGUCCCAGAACAAGUAGCCCAAUGGAGAGGAAUAUUGAUUUUGACGAUCUAGAUUCAGCAAGACAACCAUUAUCACCCUUGCGAAAUAACUCCCUAGAUUGUAGAAUGCAUAAAAAGUAAUACGACAGACUAAUGUACUAAUAGA